UUUUUAGACCCUUUUCUUGCUGUUUAAAAAUUAAAGUUAAAUAGAUUUCCUAAAAAAUUUUAACUCAAUUUUACAUAGAAUAUUGAUCUUUUCUCCUUUGUAGAGCGAAAAACCUAAAAUUGUGUUUUUAAAGUUUUCAACCCUAACCGAUACUCUAGGUUUGUAAUACGUAUUUCAAUUCGCCACUUUCGCGCUAUUGGCUUGAAGAUUUCUAUGGAAACAUAUGCACAACAAAGAGCGUAGGGUAUUCUGUAAUUGUAAUUGCCAAUGUAUAUACUCCUAAUUAUUGAAUACCAGUUUAUUAAGCGAUAAAAUUGUUAAUUAUAGAAUUGAUAAAGUAUGCAAAAUUAAAAAACUUUAUCUUAGCUCGAAGUGUGCGAUAUGUUUAUGGUUAAUGUAAUAUAGAUAUAUUGUAAAUAGGAAAAUUGAUCUGUAAUUCAGUAAUUAAGUUGCAAAUACGUUUACUAUAUAUAGAAAGAAAAAUUAUAAAAGUUGUAAUCAUGCAUGGAUUAAGAGCUGAUCAUAAAUCUCUUGGAGGACUUGGAAUGAGCCGUUGGUUGGAAGCACUUUGGGAACCAAGUGCUGGUUUAUUUUCUCUGCCAGGUGGACUUGAUAUGUUGGAUAUAAGUGGUGAUGGAGAUGCUAGGCUAAUAUGUGCUGAUCUAGGACCAGUUGAAAGCGAUUCAACAAAAAUACGAGUAUAUAAAGGAAGUGAUCAAAUAACUGAACAUAGUAUGGUAGAUCCACCCUGUGGUGUGGUUGGUUUUUAUACAGAAAAUGGAGAACCUCGAUCAUCUGUAGUUGCUGUAGGAGCUGGAGCUAGUGUAUAUAUUUUUAAAAAUAUGAGACCCUUUUUUAAGUAUUGUCUGCCACACAUUGAGGCUCAUCCAAAAGAACGAGAAAUUUGGCAUAAAUGUGGGCUGGACGAGGAAUUAAAUGUGUUGACUCUCGCAGAUGAUUUGGAACUCUUACUGAAAGAACUUAGCGCAGCAUUUCUCUCCCCUCGUACUUUGAAGUUUCUUUCUUUGGAUAGUAAUUUACGAUUGGAUUUCGCAGAGCAAUAUAGACGGGUGCCACUUGUCAAAGCUAAUGCCUUAACGGCAAUCACGAGUAUUCGUAGAGACUCUUGGAACGAUCCCGCGAGUAGUUGUCUUGUAUUAGGAACCGAGUCUGGUGAAGUUUUUAUUUUAGAUCCCAGAGCCUUUUCAGUUAUGGAUAAGUAUAAACUGGAGUGGCCACCGGUAGCAUUUGCCAGUAGCGGAUUAUGGACGGGUGACGGUCGGAUAAUAAUUAUUGGGAGAGAUGGAAAAAUAGGAGCAAUUAGGAGGGGAAGUUCUGUGAAACUUUGGGAAACUUUGCCCGCGCCUGCGGUGGCUGUUUCUGUUCUUACUUCUGAAGGAGCGGCAGUUGCUGUUAUGGAUGGUACUCUAGUGGGAUUUUCAAAAAGAGGAAUAAAAUUAUGGCAAAUCAAUAUUCCUGGUAUAAUAUUAGAUUUAGUCAGCUUACCAGUACCACAAAGUGGACUGUCUCUUUUAGCUGUAAGCACAGUGGGCUAUGGAAUCCGCAUUUAUGACGGAAAACAUCAUGUGGAUACAGUGAAAAUUAUGGAACCUGUAUCUGCUCUUAAGUAUGGACGAAUGGGCCAAGAGGAACGAACAUUAGCUAUGGUCACUGUCGGAGGUGGUUUAUGCAUGAAAAUCCUGAAGCGCACUGCUGAUUUUAAUACAAACAAUUCAUUAUCGAAUUUGUCGUCGAAUAGCACAGCGAAGUUUUCGAUACCAAAGAAAACACGAUUAUUUGUCGAUCAAACGAUAAGAGAAAGAGCCGAAGCAAAAAAAAUUCAUAACACAUUUCAACAAGGCUUUCUUCGCUUACGCUUGACAACGGCCAAACGAGCGUCCGAAAAUUUAAGCGAAAAUCAAGCAUCAGGUCCAAAUCCUAUUACAUUGGAGACAAAUGUUCUUGGUUUAGGACCCAAUUACGUGAUUCGUAUUAUAGUGACAAAUAUUUCUGAAAAUUUGUCUCCAACGGAAUUGUAUAUUCUCUGCAGAGCCGAAGACACUGAUAUAAAUUCUCGUGUGAUAGAUUUGCCCUUGCUACCAAGUGCUGUGCCCAUACCAUUAACUAUUGCAGCAACCUUAAAGGGUCAAAUAUCAGGAAAAGUUCAAAUAUUACUCUGCAAAAAAUCUGAUCCAAAACCUUUGAUUGUAUCGACUGUAAUAUUACCAGCUGCCGAGGAAGAUUUUGAAAUCUAAAGAACGUAAUUAUUUAAAUUAUAAUUGUAAAAGUAAAAUACAAAUAUGAAAUAAAUCAUAUUUUAUCUAAUUUUAAAUAAAAUAUUUUAUCUUAUAAAUGUAAA